UUUUCCUUUCGGUAUAGGGCUUUCUAGGGUGCAAGGGCAGCGCUAUGUCAUGGCGGUCGUUUCGACCCAUCUUGCGCAAGCUCCAGACCGUGCGUGCUAUUAACGGAGCCCGGAGUGCUCCAGAAAUCCAUGGAUCACGCUCUCUACAUAGUUUUUGCCCGUCCAGCAGCUCCCGGGAGCUCCUUGCUUAUCCAACUAGCCGCUCGGCCUAUCGAAUGUCUGCGCAUUUGACGCCCGUGGCAUCUUACGCAACUCAGCAGCAGCAGACACAAGAUAAAGGGAUUUCUACUCAAGAAGAAGACCCUUUCGACUCGAUCACCGAUAAAAUCCCGGAGAGGCCCGUCACGGUUGCGGAGGGGGCAUCCUACGGUCUCAUCAUCCUCGCUGGGCUGGCUGUGGCUGCUGCUGCUGCUUAUGCAGUGUUCAAGGAGCUUGUUUUCCAACCCAAGGAGUACAAAAUCUUUGGCAAAGCCCUGGACAGGGUCCAACACGACAGUCAGGUCACGCUGCGCAUAGGGACGCCUGUAACUGGCUAUGGGCAAGAAAGCCGCCACAGAGCAGCGAGGCAACGGAUCAGCAACAGAGUGUGGAAAGACGAGGAUGGUGUCGAGAGAAUUGAGGCUAAUCGUGUUUGUUGCAGAUCAUGUUCUUCAUCCGGGGUCCUCAGGGCUCUGGCAAAGUCUACACCGAGAUGUUCAAAGACAAGCUGGACCGGACCUGGAAGUUCACGUACCUGAUCGUGGACGUGUUUGCUCCCACGCCGGCGCGCAUAAUGCUCGAGUCAUACGUCCCUGCUUUGUAACAAAGCCAUGGUUUCUGUAAAGCAAGGUACCGCGGGACAGUUUUGCUUUUCCUUUUCCUGUUCUUAUAUUAUCUCAGCUACAGUGAUGAAUGAUCAAUGGUUCUUUAAGGGA